AUGGUUUCAACAGCAGCAGUGGCAAUUGGUGCUAUUGCAGAACUAACUUUGGAUCCCAAUUUAAAGUAUAAUGUGUUAUUACCCAUUUCAAUAGUUAUGAUUUUAACAGGACUUAUCCGUAACUACGUGAUGGUUCUGAUUCGUCCUAACAUUCCAGUAAUGCCUAGAGUGAAGAUUACAGAACAGCAGUAUAUCAAUAAGGGUCAGAUAUUGUUACAAAAUGGGGCUGUCUUGACACCAGAUGGGUUUAAGAUGAGAAAAGAGCUUAUGGCCAAAUUAUUGGGCGAGGCUCAGUUUGUUGCUGUGAAACAAAACAACAAUGCUAUUACGAAUGAUGCUGCUGACCAGGGCGCAACCCAACAGCAAAAGCCAGAAAAUCCAUUAAGCGAUCCCAAUGCGUCAGAUGCUAUGAUGUCUAUGGCUAAAGGUAAUUUAGCGAAUUAUAUUCCACAAACUUUAAUCAUGUGGUGGGUUAAUCAUUUUUUUGCUGGAUUUGUUUUGAUGAAAUUGCCAUUCCCUUUGACCGUUAGGUUUAAAGAAAUGUUACAAAGUGGCGUUAUGACCAAUGACUUGGACGCUCGUUGGGCAAGCAGUAUUUCAUGGUAUUUUAUUUCUAUGUUUGGUAUGAAUCCAUUAUUCAAUUUAAUUUUAAAUGAUGCAACGUUGCAAUCAGAUGUUUCCGGUAUAAGUAAUGACCCAACGAUGGGUAUGCCUGGUGCAGCCGGUGGUAUCAACCCUGAACAAACAAUGAGGGAAUUGUCGAAUGAUAUAACCAUUGCUCCAUACGAGAAUGGUUAUGAGGGUUUAGAAGAGAAAAUUUUAAAAAUAUAUUCUUGA